AUGGCGUGCGCCGCUGACAGUAUCAGAGGCCCUUUCAUGCUCUCUGCAAGGCACCGCACCGAUGUGCUGGCCACUAAUAACUUGUGCAUUGGCUUGAAGUCUUCGGUGUCUUACUCUGUAGCUCAGCGGUGGAGCAGCAAUUGCUCUUCCGUUACGAUGCGGCAUGCCACAUCCCAUUGUCCCUUGAUUGUUGGGGCUUCAGCAAGGUGGCGCUCUAACUCGAAAGCUUCAUCAACGAAGUGGGCACUGCUUCUUCUGUCCAGGGAUGCAACUUGUAUCUCUGAUUUGGACAUCUCCAGUAGUGCUGAUGUUAUCUCGUUCUGUCGCAAGAGGGGAGUGGGAAUGGUUGUAGUGGGUCCUGAAGCCCCACUUGUUGCGGGUCUUGUGAAUGACCUCGUGAAAGUUGGGAUACCAACCUUUGGCCCUUCAUCGGAGGCUGCAGCGUUAGAAGGAUCAAAGGACUUCAUGAAGAAGCUAUGUGACAAGUACAAUAUCCCAACAGCCAAGUAUCGCACAUUCAUGGAUGCUGUGGAAGCUAAACAAUAUGUCAAACAUGAAGGAGCCCCUAUUGUUGUUAAAGCUGAUGGACUGGCCGCUGGAAAGGGUGUGGUUGUUGCAAUGACUUUGGAUGAGGCAUUCGAAGCCAUAGACUCUAUGUUGGUUGACGGCUCAUUUGGUUUUGCUGGUUCACGGGUUAUCAUUGAAGAAUUUCUAGAGGGUGAAGAAGCAUCUUUCUUUGCAUUGGUAGAUGGUGAAAAUGCUUUGCCUCUUGAAUCAGCACAGGAUCACAAAAGAGUUGGUGAUGGUGAUGUUGGCCCAAAUACCGGCAGUAUGGGUGCAUACUCCCCUGCACCAAUAGUGACAGAUGAGCUCAAACGCAUAGUCAUGGAAAGUAUAAUUAUCCCUACCGUUAAAGGCAUGGCAGCCGAAGGGUGCAAGUUUGUUGGUUUAUUAUAUGCUGGACUUAUGAUUGAGAAGAAAUCUGGGCUGCCUAAGCUUAUUGAGUACAAUGUAAGAUUUGGUGACCCAGAAUGCCAGGUUCUGAUGAUGCAAUUAGAAUCUGAUUUGGCACAAGUUCUGUUAUCCGCCUGCUGGGGAGGAUUAGGCAAUGUUUCGCUAACCUGGUCACCUGAAAUGGCAAUGGUGGUUGUAAUGGCAAGCAAGGGGUACCCUGGCUCUUAUAAGAAGGGUACUGUAAUAAAAAACCUAGACAGGGCUGAGCAGGCCUCUCCAUCUGUCAAGAUAUUCCAUGCUGGGACAGCACUAGAUGAAGAUGGCAAUCUUGUCGCCGUUGGAGGCCGAGUUCUUGGUGUCACUGCCAAGGGCAAGGACAUCGAAGAAGCAAGGGCAAGAACAUAUAAUGCAGUAGAUGCAGUUGAUUGGCCAGAAGGGUUCUUCAGGUGUGACAUUGGUUGGCGAGCACUGAGGCACAAGCAAGUGGCUAACUACCCAUGA